CUCAGUUUCCGCCUCCAUUUUGUCACUGGUGUGUGUGUGUUUGUGUGUCUCAGUUAAAGCCAGUGAGGAGAAAUAACACACAAACUCUUCAGCGGGUUCGUUUUUACACAGAUCACCAGAGAUGGACGGCAUUGGGGAUGUCGCAGUUGGUGUUAAGAGAGGAUCAGAGGAGCUGCUGUCCGGCAGCAUGUAUAACAGCCCCAGUUCUGGGCUGAGCAGUAUAAGCGAUACGACAUCCAACGGCAGUGACAGCAAAAAACUUAGAGUUGAAGACAGAGUCGGCGAUGCCCCACCAUCCCGCGUUCUUCACAUUAGAAAGUUACCCAACGAUGUCUCGGAAACGGAGAUCAUUGCCCUGGGGCUUCCGUUCGGAAAGGUCACCAAUAUCCUCACACUGAAAGGCAAAAACCAGGCGUUUCUGGAGCUCAGCACAGAGGAAGCUGCCAUGACAAUGGUCAAUUAUUACUCAGCUGUGACGCCUCACAUCCGUAGCAUGCCAGUCUACAUACAGUACUCAAAUCACAAAGAACUGAAGACCGACAAUUCAAACCAGUCAGGUGGGACUCUCGCAUCAGGGUCCAACUCUAGUGAUGGUAGUGGUACGCCCUCCAGUCCAGUGCUGAGGAUAAUCAUUGAUAACAUGUUUUACCCCGUCACCCUGGAUGUGCUGCAGCAGAUCUUCUCAAAGUUUGGCACCGUCAUGAAAAUCAUCACAUUCACCAAGAACAAUCAGUUUCAGGCCCUGUUGCAGUACAGCGAUCCAACCAGUGCGCAGCAAGCUAAAGUGGCUCUAGAUGGUCAGAACAUAUACAACGCCUGCUGUACCCUUCGCAUAGACUACUCCAAACUUGUCAACCUGAAUGUAAAAUACAAUAAUGAUAAGAGCAGGGACUACACAAGGCCGGAGCUUCCUGCUGGAGAUGGGCAGCCCGCUCUUAAUCCCACUGUGGCUGCUGCCCUGGGUAAAGAUUCCACUUCCCUGCUCGGUAAGAUCCCAGGUGCUCUGAGCCCGUUGAGCGCGGCUGCUGCUGCUGCUGCUGCAGCUGGAAGAGUCGCUCUGUCUGGGCACUCAGGGGCCAGCGGAGUGCUGCUCGUUAGCAAUCUAAACGAAGAGAUGGUUACGCCCCACAGUCUGUUUACCCUCUUCGGGGUUUAUGGGGACGUGCAGCGUGUGAAGAUUCUUUUUAAUAAGAAAGACAGUGCACUGAUACAGAUGGCCGAUAUGAACCAGGCUCAGCUUGCGAUGAGCCAUCUAAAUGGUCAGAAGAUGUAUUCAAAGAUCAUUCGCGUUACGAUGUCGAAGCACCAAACUGUUCAGUUACCGAGGGACGGUUUAGACGACCAGGGUCUCACGAAAGACUUUACAAACUCACCACUGCAUCGUUUCAAAAAGCCCGGCUCCAAGAACUUCCAGAACAUUUUCCCUCCUUCUGCCACGCUGCAUCUGUCAAACAUCCCGCAAGACAUAACUGAGGAAGACCUCAGAGUCCUGUUCUCCAACUCCGGUGGCACUGUGAAAGCUUUCAAGUUUUUCCAAGAUCAUAAAAUGGCUCUAAUUCAGAUGACAACCAUCGAGGAAGCUAUUCAAUGCCUGAUCGACCUCCAUAAUUACAACAUGGGUAAUAACCACCACCUGAAGGUCUCCUUCUCCAAAUCAACCAUCUAAAGCAACCUGAGAGGUCUUGCUCCCAACUGCUUUUCUAGCGUUAUCUAACUGAAGAAGACCUCAGAGUCCUGUUCUCCAACUCCGGUGGCACUGUGAAAGCUUUCAAGUUUUUCCAAGAUCAUAAAAUGGCUCUAAUUCAGAUGACAACCAUCGAGGAAGCUAUUCAAUGCCUGAUCGACCUCCAUAAUUACAACAUGGGUAAUAACCACCACCUGAAGGUCUCCUUCUCCAAAUCAACCAUCUAAAGCAACCCGAGAGGUCUUGCUCCCAACUGCUUUUCUAGCGUUAUCUGUUGACUGUUUAAAUACACUGGGGACCACAAUUUUGAGAGUUUCUUUUCCCAAGUUUCAUUCCACAAGAAGUUGUUGAAAGAAGGAAAUAUUGUGACUCUUUUCAAGGACAUUUUUUACCCCGUUUCCCUCUUGCCAGCGCUCUGACACAUAACCUCUUCAGUGGCGGAAAGGUGUUGUGGUGUAAGUCUGAACCUCUUAUAAUAAACAGAAAAGAACGUGCCUUACAAAACUUGCAUAAAUCUUUUCAUACUUCAUAUUCUCAAACCCAAGCAGUCCUCUGAGUGUGAUAUUAAUACGUUUGGUUAAGACAAAAAUAUAUAUUUUUUCCUUUUGUGUCUGAUCUGUAUAAUGUGUGAAAGCCUCUCGGAUGUUUUUUUUUGCAGUUUGUUCAGUUCCUAAUGUCUGUGACAUUUUGAUUUAUGAAUUGUAAAUAAACCUGUGAUUCUAGUGAUCGUCAUUAUGAGAUGUUAGGCCAAUUCUCAGCCCAUCAAUCCAGCAAAAUGUUAUUUGAAGGGAAAUGAGAAUGAAACCGUUUUAUUUGACAUUUUCUCAAUUUACACCAUUUUUUCCUAGCUUUUCUUUCAUCUAUAUGCGUUGUCUUUAUCCUAAGUGGAAGGUUAUGAUGACAUACUUUUUUUCUGCAUGUACCAACUGGUGCAUCUUUAUUCCUAGUGUUGCAUGGAUAGGAAAUCACUUCUUUGUGUGAUUUGGAAAGACAACUACAGUAGAAGGGACCAAAGUUUAUUUGCCUAUAGUCUUAAUUUACUCCAAGAUUGAGCAUUUUAGUUCACUUUUCAGAAGAGAGAAGACUCAUAGACAGUCUUAUGAGAAGAGUUGAGAAAAUAAAUAACAUCGAUUGGCAAUCCACACUAUGAUUUAUUAGAGGGACAAAAGGAUCUUGUAUAUUUUGUUUUAUUUUUAUUUGAUUUUUUUAAGCCUCUGUAGGAAUGUAUGAUUCGGCAUAGUUUUGGAUGUGGCACAAUUAAAAUACUUUUUCUAACAAAA